UGAGGCAGCAGCGCGAGCUGGGCUUCCUGUGCGACUGCACCGUCCUGGUGGGCGACGCGCGUUUCCCUGCGCACCGCGCCGUGCUGGCCGCGUGCAGUGUCUACUUCCAUCUCUUCUACAGGGACCAGCCCGCGAGCAGCCGCGACACGGUGCGGCUCAACGGCGACAUCGUCACGGUGCCAGCCUUCAGCCGCCUGCUGGACUUCAUGUACGAGGGCCGCCUGGACCUGCACAGCCUGCCUGUCGAGGACGUCCUGGCUGCUGCCAGCUACCUGCACAUGUAUGACAUCGUCAAGGUCUGCAAGGGCAGGCUUAGGAAGAAAGACCCGGAUCUGGAGACCCGCGCUCUGGGGAUAGAGCUUCCUAGUCAGCCACCACACUCCCUGCCUUCCUGGUCCCCUGACUUCUGCCACGCCGCACCAAAAGCCAAACCCCCAUCUCUAGGGGUCAAGGCUGCCCAUCCCCUGCCAACAUUUGGACCUCCAUCUUGGCAGGUCACAGGGGAGUCAAGUGGGGCCCUGGACCUGUCUCUGAAGCCUGGUCCAAGACUGGAGCAGGUCCACCCACCCUGUACCCUCCAGACAACCUUCUGCAGCUCCGUGCAGCAAGGGGCCCAGCCUCUGGUGAAGGCUGAGCAAGAUUCACUCUCUGAUCAAGGUAGCAGCAGCCCUCGGAGCGCCAACAGAUCCCCACCACCAGUCUGUGCAUCUGCAGCCCAAGGCCUGGCGGUGGACUUGGAGCCACUGAGCGUCCGCGGAACAGGCAGCCAGCAGCUUGGGCUGGAUGCAGAGCCUGUGGUGGACAGUGAGGCGCUGGGUCCCGACAGGCACCUUUGCAUUUGCCCUCUCUGCUGCAAGCUGUUCCCUAGCACCCAUGCACUGCAGCUGCACCUCAGCGCCCACUUCCGGGAGCGAGACAGCGUCCGUGCCAGGCUCUCUCCUGAGGGCGCCGUGCCCACAUGCCCACUCUGCAGCAAGACCUUCUCCUGCACGUACACACUGAAGAGGCAUGAACGGACACACUCUGGGGAGAAGCCCUAUACAUGCGUGCAGUGUGGCAAGAGCUUCCAGUACUCACACAACUUAAGCCGGCAUGCUGUGGUCCACACACGGGAGAAGCCCCCUGCCUGACGCUGGUGUGAGCGCCGAUUCACACAGUCUGGGGACCUGUAUCGCCAUGUCCGCAAGUUCCACUACGGCCUCGUCAAGUCCUUGCUGGUGUGAAGUGUUUUUUGUUUUUGUUUUUGUUUUUCUGUAUUCCCACGGUGGAGACAGGGCAGGGCCUCCUGGAUGGGACUCUGGGACAGAAGAAGCAGCCCAGGCUGCUUCUAGCCUGCCCGGAGGCUAGAAGUUUCCACCUGCCAACCUGAAUGCAUGCUGCUGAAUUUUGGAUGGGUUGCCUCCCCCUACACUUCACUCUCCACCCCACAUACCAGCACAGGUUGUUCCCUGCCGAGUUAGGGGCACUGUCUUCCUCAGUGUCCUAUCCAGCAAGGCUCCAGGGGUGUUGCACCUGCCUAUUCAUGAGGCCUAGGCUCCUCAGUGUGAGGUAACAGUUUUCCUCUGUCCCCAGGGCAUCCCUGACCACCCUACUGGGAUACUCAACAGUGUCCCUGUAUGCCUAGUGCCAUCAUGGAAUGACUCGCUUGUCAAGAAAGUCAUUAAUGCAAGCGUCUAACAGGGUGCACUGAGUGAACAGGCCACCCCUGGUGAGUGGCAGCAGGAACCCCUGCUGAGGAGGCCUCAGGCACAAGUACCAGCAGGGGUCAUAGAGACACAGCUGGCUUUGCAGGAGGCACAGCUCUAUUGGGGACGCUGGAGCCUUGUGAGGGUGGCCAAAGCUGGGUGUCCCUGGAGAGACUGCUGCUGGGGUGAAGCAGAGGUAGAACUUUGGGCAAAGAAGGGACAUUUGAAAAUGGAUUCUCUUUAUAUCAGAAGGGCCUCACAAGGCCACCAUAUGUCUGAUACUGGGUGAGGACCCUCCAAGUAUCCCCUACUGGGGUCACAGGGCUGGAAAUGGCAGAUCCUGCCAUGAGCCAAGCUUGGCAUGUUGAAGCUAACGCUGUGGUCCAGCAGGCCUGACCGUGGGAGUCACUCUCCUGCUGUCUAAGGGUCUCCCUGGAGCUGUAGCCAUUCCCAGGCACCAAACACAAGACCAAAGCUUGCCCAGUUGAAAAGGAGCAAUGUUUGCUGUGCCACCUCCUGCUGUGGGGCACGGGUAGGAGCAGCUGUCACAGGGAGACAGGAGGCAGCCUCUCCCUUCAUGUACAGCCUUUGAAGAAAGUCUGGCACCCUUGAAAUGUGAAGGACUUUUUCCUCUGCGCCUCUGGUGGAUAUGGGACACCUUACCUUGGCCACUUGCUCCCUAAGCAAGUUUUGCUGUCCCAAAACCUUGAUGGUUUCAGGAAGGGGGUGUGGCAGGAUGGGGGUGGCCUCAGCCAUGCCUCAGCAAGUGGUAGAACUGCCUAAAACAACCUGCCCAUUCCCCAACAGGCCAUCUCUGAUGACUACAAAUAGCCCAGGGACAGAGGUGGGCCAAGUCUAAGUCAUCGUGUCUUCUAACGCUUGAUGUAUUUAUUUGUCUGCUUGGACUAGAGUGACGUGACAGUUGGUCUCUCCAAGGUGGACAGAACCGUUGUUCGCCUCCUAACCCUCUCUGUGCUCUCCCAAUAUGUCCAUGGCUGGCCUGGGAAGCUGGUGCCUGUCUGGGAUGCUCCAAGACAGGAUGGAGACAGGAGGUCGGGGACAGGCUGCAGUUCAGAGAGCUGGAGAAGAGGCGAUGACAUUCUGGCUUCUGACCCCAUUGGUGUUGUGUGUGUGUCUGUGUGUCUGUGUCUGUGUCUGUGUCUGUACCUGUAUCUAUAGGACUACAAAUGAGCAGGCAGAAGACCACUGUGUUGGUUUUCCUUAGUGCCUGCUUUCCCAGGGCAGCAAAUCUGCCCUGAGUCAACACUGGACUCAUUAGUCUUUGGUGCGGUUACUGUGAAGCUAAGAAAGAAUAAGUGACUGGUUGUAAGUUUAUAACUGGCACUGUUCGGGUUGCCUGUAUGCAUAUGCCUGACACACUGCCUGUGUGGAGAGCACAGGGCAGAUGUGUGUAUGAGUCCGGGUGCGUUCUGCUGUGUGGGGGUUCUUGGGGCCAAUCAACCCAGCUACUGUCCCUGCUCGUGGUCUCACUGCUGCUCUGCCCCUGGAGGGACCACCGGGAAAUGACUACACGGGACAAUUCUUCCCACGUAGGUUUGGCUGGGGUGUUUGCACAGCCCUGCUUGUGUGGGCAGCCUGCCCACUCCUAGAAAUGAGUGCUGUCUUCCCAUUUCACACAUUCUGGCAGUCACACUGAUAGUGUAAUAAAGCCAACCACAGGUGAA